GAAUUUUUGAAGAUUUUAGGCCUGUGAUCUCUGCCUAUUGCAAUUUCUCAACCACCCAAUUCCUUUGUGUAUCUCUGCGUCUUUUGCCUGGCAUUCUACCCUGCUCGGCUCUUCAUUGAUUCUUCAGUAAUCAAUCUUCUCGCCUUUCGUUUGCGGGAAUCUGACGACUUGGAUCUUUUCCCCCCAAGGCACUGGGCUGCGAUAGACGAUAAGCCUUUGAGACCCCUCCACAAAAAUUGUUUUUUCUUGAUCUCCUCAGACCGCCCUCGUCUUUCGUCUUCAACAAAACCCCCUCCCCAACAAACACAAACACAAGUCCACCAUGCCUGUCUCCGCUUCCAAGGCGGCCCGUAUGGCCAAAAAGGCCGAAAAGGACGGCAAGAAGACGGCGGCCUCCAGACUCUCCUCGAAGGCAGGCUCUAAGAACGCCUCCGCCGCGGGGUCCAAAGCCUCCUCGGUCAACGGCGACGAUGGACCCCCCAUGCUCGACGAGGACGAACUCGACGCCCCUGCCACGAGCGCCGAGCAGAUGAACAAGGUCAAGCAAUUGACGGAACAGAUGGACAAGCACGGCAUCUCGGACAGAGUCACAACCGGUGUGUUGGCGUCCUUGGAAUCCAGUCGGGACGUCAAAAUCACCUCGGCCUCGUUGGUCUUCCACGGCAAGGUCCUGAUCCAGGACUCGACCCUCGAAGUCAACUUCGGUCGAAGAUACGGCCUGUUGGGCGAAAACGGUUGCGGCAAGUCGACGCUGCUCAAGGCGAUCGACAAGCGAGAGUUCCCCUUCCCUGAACACGUCGACAUCUACCUCCUGAACGAAGGUGCCCCCGCGACCGACAUGGGUGCUCUGGAGUGGGUCGUCAAAGAGGCGGAGAAAGAAGUCAAGAGGUUGGACGAUUUGGCCGAGGAGAUUCUCGAGAAAGAGGGACCAGAGAGUCCCACGCUGAUGGAGAUCUACGAGCGCUCCGAGUCGAUGGACCCCAACACUUUCGAAACCCGAGCAUCCCUCAUCCUCACUGGUCUAGGCUUCAACAAGAAGACCAUCCACAAAAAGACCAAGGACAUGUCCGGUGGUUGGCGAAUGCGUGUCGCCCUGGGACGAGCACUCUUCGUCAAGCCUUCAUUGCUUCUUCUCGACGACCCCACCGCCCAUCUUGAUCUCGAGGCCUGCGUCUGGCUCGAAGAGUACCUCAAGAAGUGGGAAAAGACUUUGAUCCUGGUCUCUCACUCCAUGGAUUUCUUGAACGGUGUUUGCACAAACAUGAUCGAUAUGAGACAAAAGACGCUCAUGUACUACGGUGGUAACUACGAUUCUUACAUCAAGACUCGAUCGGAAAACGAGACCAAUCAACAGAAGGCCUACCUCAAGCAGCAAGAAGAAAUUGCCCACAUCAAGAAAUUUAUCGCCUCCGCCGGUACUUACGCCAACUUGGUCCGACAAGCCAAGUCGAGACAAAAGAUUUUGGACAAGAUGGAGGCCGAUGGUUUCAUCCAACCCGUCGCACAAGACCGUGUCUUCAGUUUCCGAUUCGCCGAUGUCGAGAAAUUGCCCCCUCCAGUGUUGUCUUUUGACGAUGUCACGUUCAGCUACUCUGGCAAGUCCGAAGACAACCUUUACGAGCAUCUUGAUCUGGGUGUUGACAUGGACAGCCGAACAGCCCUUGUCGGUCCGAAUGGUGUUGGUAAAUCCACCUUGCUGCGAAUCAUGACUGGCAAACUUUCUCCCACUGGCGGUUCGGUCAGCAGACAUACUCACUUGAAACUUGGUCUGUACUCUCAACACUCUGCUGAUCAGCUUGACUUGACAAAGUCUGCCCUCGAUUUCGUGCGUGACAAGUAUUCGAGUGUGUCCCAAGAUUACCAAUACUGGCGACAACAGUUGGGCCGAUAUGGUCUGUCUGGUGAAUCUCAGACCGCCUUGAUGGGUACAUUGUCCGAAGGUCAACGAUCUCGAGUUGUCUUUGCUCUUCUCGCCAUUGAAGGACCCAACAUGUUGCUAUUGGACGAGCCCACCAACGGUCUCGAUAUUCCUACCAUUGACUCGCUGGCUGAUGCUAUCAAUGCAUUCUCUGGUGGUGUCGUUGUGGUUUCUCACGAUUUCAGAUUGCUCGACAAGAUUGCCAAAGAUAUCAUGGUGUGCGAAAACAAGACUGUCCGACGAUGGGACGGCAGUAUCGGCGAAUACAAGAACUAUCUACGAAAGAAGAUGGUUUCCAUGGGUCAAGUUUAAGAGUCUUGACUUGUGGGUUUCGUUGCUUUGCUUCAGACAUUGCUUUGCUGUUGCACACCACCUCUUCUUGCAUGGCGAUAGACUAAACAUCUGGCUGGGAAGUCUGAUGUUUUUGUGUUUUCUGAUGAAAUGAAAUUGAUGACGCUGCAUUUCUCUUGUUGAGUUUAUUGAGUUUUUAUCAAACAAAAAGAUAAACCAUUGCGGCACUUGCAGGCGUUGGGAAUUAGACGGUAAAUACCUUUGUUGUUGAAGGGGGAAUUCCGAAUGGUGGAAAAAAAAGAAAGCACGCUGGAUAUUCCUGCUACAUACCCAUGAUGGGGGCCCUUGCAACAGGUUGAUGAUUGACUUGGGGGGUUCGAAUGACAUAUGACUGCUGGACUCAAUGAGUUGAAAUGGUCAAGAAGAACUUCAUAGGUAUCUCUACCAAGAUUAUUUGAACUGAAAAUAUCAACUUUUA